AUGGCCCACUGCUCGGCAAUCCCGCCGGCCACCUCCUUCAAAAGAAAAAAGAAAUGGGUCGGCUCCCUGGUCGCUCGCAUCGUUGACGGACCUACGACUCUCCACUCUGGCCAACGCAACACCUCUCGCGGGGUGCUCGGCCAGGAGGCUUUUGACACUCUGCGACGCAUCGAGGUGGAUCUCUCACGAUGGGCGGCGUUGCGGGGGCAGCAGCAGCAGCAGUGCCAGGGAGAGUCGCGCCGCAGAAUGCCAAGCCUUAGAAACUCUGAGAGCGGGGGGCAGUUCUCUCUGAGCGAAUUCAAAUCCCUUCCAUGCAGGUGUUGCUUGCGGAGUGCUCCUCAUGACGGGCGGUCUUCUGCUCACGAUGUGUUCUUCGCUUGGCGCACGAGUGCGGAUGCAGUGUGUGGCCAGAAACACAGCUCGUGGUCAAGGGUGCCUACGUCUGGUGGCGGAGUUGCCUGGCAAACGUAUUUGAAACACCCUAGCAUGGGUGAUUUUGAAGACCAGGCGAGGUAA